UUAUUUUAAUCCAUAUAACGAUAAAGAGAAGUGCAACGGAAAACCCUAGCACUCUUGAGUCUCGAAGCCUUAAACCCCAAAUCAGGUUAAACGCCAUUUGCAGAACAGAUCCAUCGUUCUAAUCUCAAAACUCAGACAUGGUUUGGUUUCAAUGCGAAGAUUGUGGCGACAACCUCAAAAAACCUAAGUUGCCCGGUCACUUCCGAUCAUGCUCCGCCAACAAGCUUUCAUGCAUUGACUGUGGACAAAUGUUUGGGAGAGACACCGUUCAGAACCACACACAGUGUAUUACAGAAGCAGAAAAGUAUGGUCCGAAAGGCCAAGGUAAAGGUUUGAAUGGAUCAGCUGCCAAGCCUGGCAAAGAUAAAAAGCAAAGGCCGGAAGUUGAUACUAAUGUGGGUUUAUCGAAUCGCCCUCCGUGGUUCUGUAGUCUUUGCAAUACAAAAGCUACAAGCCAGCAAGCGCUUCUUCUCCAUGCUGAAGGAAAGAAACACGGGGCAAAAGCCCGAGCAUUCCAUGCUUCACAGCAGCCACCAGUCCAGGCUGAUAAACCUGCCUCUGAUGCAAAGGAUGCAGCAGAGGCUGCUUCUGAUGGUAUAGAGAAGAAAGACGGCAACAAUGCUGAGCAGCCAAAAUUGCAAGAGUCUUCUGAACAAAAUAACUUGAAACCAGGAAGUGAAGUUUCUUCAGAAAAGAAAAAGAGGAAACUUGAUGCAUCAGAUGGUGGCCUUAUUAAAAAGUGCAAGAAUGACACUUCAGUUGACACAGAAAAUGGUCAAGUAAUUCAAGGCGAGAAGGCUAAAGAGAAGAAAAUAAAAUGGAAGAAGUUUAUCAAAGCAGCCUUGAAAUCUCAUCCUGAUGGAUUGAAGAUGAAGAAACUGAGAAAAGCUGUAUUCAAAGCGCUGCAAGAAUCUGGCAUUGUAGUAAAUGAAAAUGAAUUGAGUGACACACUUGAUCAGAAGAUAAGUUCUAGCUCCAAAUUUGCAGUUGAGAAGAAGUAUGUUCGAUUAGUGGCCAAAGAUUGAACACUGCUGUUUGAGGUAUCAUGACCAAGAGUCAAUUAUUUUUGUCUGCUAAUGUUUUGAUAACAUUCAUCCUUGAAAGGCUUCUCAAAAAAAUUUUGUGGACAUGUAAUUUAUUGUUGCUUUGUAUGCUAAUUGCAAGCAACCGGUUAUUGAAUUUUCUGAACAGUCAUAUAAUGCUUUUACUGGCAAAUCACAUCAGAGAGCAUAAUCAAAUUUCUAUUGUUUUAUUUUAUUUACUUUGUUUCUUUUAUAGGUU